AACACCAUACCACGUCACGCAAGCAGUUGUCACAUCACAUUUGCGAUUUGCGAUAUUUUUGUGGCUCUUUUGGGUGUGUGCUUUCUUCAUGUGUGUUGUGCUACUUAUGUGGAUUAUUAGGUGAUAUUCUUCUUUUUAUUGGAUAAAAUCCUAAGCCGCAAACAUGCCGAAAUCGAUUCUUGAAUAUUUAAGUAAAGCGUUUUAUCUGAAAGGAAAUGAUAGUACAGUGAUGAACGUCCGGGUGACGACUAUGGACGCGGAGCUGGAGUUCGCGAUCCAGCAGACGACCACCGGCAAACAACUCUUCGAUCAGGUGGUGAAGACCAUCGGCCUGCGCGAGGUCUGGUUCUUCGGCCUCCAGUACACCGACUCCAAGGGGGACCUCACCUGGAUCAAGCUUUAUAAGAAGGUGAUGCAACAAGAUGUGAAGAAGGAGAAUCCGCUGCAGUUCAAGUUCCGAGCCAAAUUCUACCCCGAGGAUGUCGCGGACGAGCUCAUACAGGAGAUCACCCUCAAGCUCUUCUACCUGCAGGUGAAGAACGCCAUCCUAUCGGACGAGAUCUACUGCCCGCCGGAGACGUCUGUGCUGCUGGCGUCGUACGCGGUGCAGGCGCGCCACGGCGACCACAACCCUGGUAUACACGGGCCCGGCUUCCUCGCCAACGACCGCCUGCUGCCGCAGAGAGUCACUGACCAACACAAGAUGUCGCGCGAGGAGUGGGAACAGAGCAUCACGAACUGGUGGCAGGAGCACCGCGGCAUGCUGCGCGAGGACGCCAUGAUGGAGUACCUCAAGAUCGCGCAGGACCUCGAGAUGUACGGCGUCAACUACUUCGAGAUCAGGAACAAGAAAAACACCGAGCUCUGGCUGGGAGUCGACGCGCUCGGCCUCAACAUCUACGAGAAAGAUGACAAACUGACGCCGAAAAUCGGGUUCCCGUGGUCGGAGAUCCGCAACAUCUCGUUCAACGACCGCAAGUUUAUCAUCAAGCCGAUCGACAAGAAGGCGCCGGAUUUCGUGUUCUUCGCCCCGCGAGUCCGCGUCAACAAGCGUAUCCUCGCUCUCUGCAUGGGCAACCACGAGCUGUACAUGCGCAGGCGCAAGCCCGACACCAUUGAUGUUCAGCAGAUGAAGGCGCAGGCCCGUGAGGAGAAGCUCGCUAAGCAGGCGCAGAGGGAAAAGUUGCAACUCGAAAUCGCGGCCCGUGAGCGCGCGGAGAAGAAACAACAAGAGUAUGAAGACCGCCUCAGACAGAUGCAAGAGGAGAUGGAGCGCUCACAGGCGAACCUGAUCGAGGCACAAGAGAUGAUCAGGCGGCUGGAGGAGCAGCUGAAGCAGCUGCAGGCAGCCAAGGAGGAGCUCGAGCAGCGCCAGAACGAGCUGCAAGCGAUGAUGCAGCGUCUCGAGGAAACCAAGAACAUGGAAGCUGCUGAACGUCAGAAGCUGGAGGACGAGAUCCGCAGCAAGCAGGAGGAGGUGUCGCGCAUCCAGCAGGAGGUAGAGCUGAAGGACUCCGAGACGCGCCGCCUGCAGGAGGAGGUCGAGGAGGCCAGGCGCAAGCAGGACGAGGCGAAGGCCCUGCUUGCGGCGGCGACGACCCCGCAGCACCACCACGUGGCGGAGAGCGGCGGCGGCGAGGAGGCGGAGGGCGAGGGCUCCGACGGCGGCUCCGAGUCCGGCGGCGGCGAACUCGUGCGCGCGCCCGACGAGCUCGUCGACCCCAUCGCCGACCGUAAGACCCUGGCCGAGCGCAGCGAACGCCUGCACAACCAGCUUAAGGCCCUGAAACAAGACUUGGCCCAGUCCAGAGACGAGACCAAGGAGACGGCCAUGGACAAAAUCCACCGCGAGAACGUCCGCCAGGGGCGCGACAAAUACAAGACGCUACGGGAGAUCCGCAAGGGCAACACCAAGAGGCGCGUCGAUCAAUUCGAAAACAUGUAAACCCCGCGCGGCCUGCACCUCACCACGCCACGAGAGGACACCGUGUGGACUGCCCGCUAUAUAGCAGUGGAUCUAAAAUGGCGACCUUGAGUGAAACUUAUUAUUUUUUGAAGCUCCACAGUAAUAAUUAACCUCUUUGUUCACUUGACAUUAUAGCCAAAUGUCAUGCUAUCUGUCAAAAUUGAUGUUUCAAAUUCUGAGUAGCCGUUUUACGGCAUCCGAAAUGAAACAAUAUAAAACACUCAAGGUGGGAUUUUAGACCUGCGGUUCUGUUAAAUGGAGUUUUUUAUUCGUAUCGUUCAUAUUUAAUAAUAUUAGUGUUAUGAUAUUAAGUUAUAUUUUCGUAUCGUUUAAUCGUUAAGGCGGUUUAGAUGUAUUGCUACGCACCGCAAUAUAUUUAUACCGAUCCGAUUAGCACUCCACAUCGUCUCCUCUUGAGAAUCGCGAGCGUAUUCGUCAACGGUACGGCUCGUGCUAGUUAUGACCCGGCGAAGCGAACCGAAAAUAUACUAGGUUGGUUGUAGAGCUUCGCUAGGAUUGUAGGGCUAGGAGUGGCCCCGUCGAGUUCAUACCACGAACACCGUCCAGGCAACGUUGACCUCUGUACCGCGCCAGUGGAAUCGCAGCUUCACACCCGGCGACAAUAUCAACUUGUUAUCGCCCAAACUAUGAAUGUAAAUAUUGAUUAUUAUUACUUAAUAGUAAUUUUAUUUUAGACUUAUGUGCUAUAUAACCGAGUAUGUAUACAUUUUACGUGAGGAUGUUCUCCGAACUGACCGUUUAAAUCAAGGCACACAGAUAUUUUUAAUUAAGUAUUUUAAGCGAUUUCAAUUUUAUUAUGUAAUUAUAUAACAUAUUCGUAUACAUUGGAAGUAUAUCUUGAGUCAUAAAUUAGUAUGCUGUGUGCUUCUCUUAUUAUUAUUAAUUUUUUUAUUUGAGGUUUAAUCGUUUCUUGAAAUUUCGACCGUCACGUUACUGUUAUGGGAGGUUGUUAUGGGACCCUUAGUCGUAUCGAUAUAAACUAACACUAGGUUUCUACUCCUAUCACUACUUACGUUUUCUGCAUAUAACGUGUAAAA